CCAGAGUAAAAGCAUCAGUUAUUCGUCUGAUUCAAACACAACAACAACCAACAACAUGCAGGUAAAGGUCCUCAUUUUCGCUGCAAUUUUGGCUGUCGCUUCCGCCGCUUCUCCUCCGGUCUACCCAGCCCCGGCCUACCCAGCCCCGGUCUACCCAGCUCCCGUUUACAGCGUACCUGUUACGACCUACAAAGUUCCCGCACCAGCCUACCAAGCUCCCGUUUACCAACCACAACCCUACAGCUUCGAAUGGGCUGUUAAAGAUGUCGAAUCUUACAACGACUACUCUCACUCUGAGAGCAGCGAUGGAAAGACUGUCAUCGGCUCAUACCGUGUCGUCCUUCCCGAUGGCCGCACCCAGAUCGUCACCUACAAGGCCGACAGCUACGGCUAUGUUGCCGAUGUCAAGUAUGUAGGAGAGGCCAGAUAUCCCGAGUACAAACCCAGCGCAUAUGCUGCCCCAGCUUACAAAGCACCUGAGGCCCCUGCUUACAAAGCUCCAGCUCCAGUUUACACAGCCCCAGCUCCAGCCUACAAAGCCCCAGCCCCGGCCCCAGUCUACAAGGCCCCAGCUCCAGCUCCGGUUUACACAGCCCCAGCUCCAGCCUACAAGGCCCCAGCCCCGGCCUCAGUUUACACAGCCCCAGCCCCAGUCUACAAGGCCCCUGCCCCAGCUCCAGUUUAUGAAGCCCCUGCCCCAGCUCCAGUCUAUGAAGCUCCAGCUCCGGCUCCAGCCUACAAAGCCCCAGCUCCAGUCUAUGAAGCCCCAGCUCCGGCUCCAGCCUACAAAGCCCCAGCUCCAGCCCCUGUCUACACAGCCCCAGCCCCAGUCUACAAGGCCCCAGCUCCAGCCCCAGUUUACACAGCCCCAGCUCCAGUCUAUGAAGCCCCAGCUCCGGCUCCAGCCUACAAGGCCCCAGCUCCAGCCCCAGUUUACACAGCCCCAGCCCCAGCUCCAGUCUAUGAAGCCCCAGCUCCAGCUCCAGUUUACACAGUCCCAGCCCCAGCUCCAGUCUAUGAAGCCCCAGCUCCGGCUCCAGCCUACAAAGCCCCAGCCCCAGUCUACACAGAACCAGCUCCGGCCUACAAAGCCCCGGCUCCAGCCCCAGCCUACAAAGUUGUACCUGCCGCAUACAGGACUGCUGCACCAGCUUACAAAACCCCAGCUGCUCCUGUCUAUAAUAUCACAGCGGGUAAAUCCAAAACAAAACAUGCAGAUCAAGAGUUACUUUCCCUCUCACUUUCCACACCCUUCUAUCGUGCCAUAAAUCUUUUUUUUUGUCAGGUUAUCUUUUCAGAGCAGCAGUCACACCCCUCGUUGCAGUUGUUGCAAGUAUAUAAGGCACGCGUAGUCGAGAGGAAAAUCAUCAGUUACUUGAUUGUUUCUAACCUUGCAACAACUCACAACAUGAAGGUCUUUAUUCUCAUUGCUACCAUUGCUGUCGUCUCCGCCAACACGGCUUACCCAGCUCCGCGUUACUCUGCACCGACUUACUCCGCCCCAGCUCCUGCCUAUCAGCCUGCAGCACCGGCAUACACACCCGAUUACCAACCUCAAACUUACCCCGCACAACCCUACAGCUUCGAAUGGGCUGUUAAAGAUGUCGAAUCCUACAACGACUAUUCUCAUUCCGAGAGCAGCGAUGGCAAAGUGACGACCGGAUCUUACCAGGUCGUCCUUCCCGAUGGCCGCACCCAGAUCGUCACCUACAAGGCUGACAGCUACGGCUAUGUUGCCGAUGUCAAGUACGUAGGAGAGGCCAGAUACCCCGAGUACAAACCCGCAGCCACUUACUCCGCACCUGCUUACAAAGCCCCGGCAGCUCCGGCAGCUCCGGCCUACAAAGCCCCUCAAACACCGUCCUACCCGGCCCCUAAUGCAUACAGGACACCCAAAUAUUAAAUUCCAUUGUUGACUCAAAUUAUCAGAUGAAUUUUAUCAGAGAUUUAUAUUAAAGUGACGUGAAAGUGAGUUUAUGUACGAAAAUGUGUAGCCAGUCGAUACAAAAUGUUUCUCUGUUCA